AUGCAUUAUUAUACAGGACAAAUUAUCGGGUUAAUAGUUGCUGAAACACAAGCAAUCGCACAAGAAGCAGUGGGAUUGGUGAAAGUACACUAUUCAGAGUUGCCUCAUAUUUUAUCUAUCGAAGAGGCGAUUGAAAACAAUAGCUAUUUCCCAGUGAAUAGACGUAUUGUAAAAGGAGACAUAGAAAAAGGUCUGGAAGAGGCUGAUUUUGUCUUUGAAGGUGAAACAAGAAUUGGCGGUCAAGAACAUUUCUACUUGGAGACCCAGGCUACGUUAAUAAUUCCAAAACUCGAAGACAAGGAAUUUGAAAUUCACUCAUCAACUCAAAAUCCUACUGAGACACAAAUUACAGUUGCCUCAGUACUUGGUAUUGAUGCUAAUAGAAUUGUGUGCCGAGUAAAAAGACUUGGUGGAGGGUUUGGUGGAAAGGAAACAAGGAGUAUUCCUUUAUCACUAGCACUAGCAGUUGGCGCAUGGCAUCUUAAAAAACCUAUUAGAUGUAUGCUAGAUCGUGAUGAAGAUAUAAUCAUAUCAGGACAAAGGCAUCCUUUCUUAGGGCGAUGGAAAGUUGGGGUGACUAAGGAUGGAAAAUUAUUAGCAAUGGAUGUCCAGAUUUAUAAUAAUGGUGGUUGGUCAGCAGACCUUUCUGUAGCUGUACUUGAGCGUAGCAUGACACAUGUAGACAAUUGUUAUUAUGUACCAAAUGUACGAAUAAUCGGACAUCUUUGCAAGACCAACAUUCAUUCAAACACAGCCUUUAGAGGAUUUGGAGGUCCUCAAGGAAUGAUGAUUACAGAAAAUAUAAUGUGUGAGAUUGCAGAUAGUAUGGGCAUUGACGUUAAUGAUUUUAGGGAAAAGAACUUAUACGUUGAAGGCCAACAAACACAUUUCAACCAAACACUUAAAGACUGGCAUGUACCUUUAAUUUAUCGUCAAGUUAAAAAUGACAGUGAAUUUGAAAAACGAAGAGAAGAAAUUGAUAAAUUUAAUUCUGAGCAUAAAUGGCGUAAAAGAGGUUUAGCAUUGAUACCAACAAAAUUUGGAAUCUCGUUUACAGCAUUGCAUUUAAACCAAGCAGGAGCUCUGGUACAUAUUUACCACGAUGGAAGUGUUCUUAUAAGUCAUGGUGGAGUUGAGAUGGGACAAGGUCUUCACACCAAGAUGUUGCAGAUUGCCGCUGAAACUUUGGAUGUUCCUUUGGAAACUGUCCAUUUAAUGGAAACUGCCACAAAUUUGGUCGGCAAUACUUCAGCAACAGCUGCUAGUGUUAGUAGCGAUAUUAACGGAUAUGCUGUAUCAAAUGCUUGUAAAACUUUGGCUGAAAGAUUAAAGCCGUAUCGAGAAAAAAUGCCAGAUAAAAGUUUUAAGGAGAUCGUACAUGCUGCAUAUUUUGAUCGAGUAAAUUUAUCCGCUAAUGGAUUUUACAAAACUCCCGAUAUCGGUUAUAAUUGGGAUAAAAAUGAAGGACAAAUGUUUUUUUAUUUUACGAUGGGUGCAGCGUGUACAGAAGUCGAAAUUGAUGUAUUAACAGGCGAUCAUACAAUUUUGAGAACUGACUUAUGUAUGGACAUUGGUAGAAGUAUAAACUAUGCAAUUGAUGUGGGACAAAUUGAGGGUGCUUUUGUACAAGGUGUGGGGUGGUGUACUAUUGAAGAAACAUUGCAUUUUCCAAAUGGUCAUACUAUCCACAGUAGUAAAGGUGUAGGCGAACCUCCAUUAUUUUUAGGAAGUUCGGUGUUCUUCGCUAUUAGGGAUGCGAUUAAAUCUGCAAGACAAUCUAAUAACAACGGAGCAACUGUAGCUUUAAGUUCACCCGCAACACCUGAAAUCAUUAGAUUAGCAUGUGAUGAUGAGAUUGUAAAAAAUUGUAAAGUUGAGAGAAAGGAUGGAGAGAGUGCGUGGGCGCUUAGAGUUUAG